AUGAAGAUCUGGGCCAUAGCGUCGUGGGCGGCUCGGGCCGCAGGCGUGCUGGGCGCCUUGAACAUCCGCGGCCCAUCAGACCCCGCCGCGAAGAGGCAAUUGCAAGAUCUUGUUACCUGGGACGACCGGUCCAUCUUCGUCCGCGGCGAGCGCGUCAUGGUCUUCGCGGGCGAGUUCCACCCCUUCCGGCUGCCGGUGCCGUCGCUCUGGCUCGACGCCAUGCAGAAGAUCCGGGCCCUGGGCAUGAACGCCGUCUCCAUCUACAUCGACUGGGCCCUGCUCGAGGGCACGCAAGGCCGGUACCGGGCCGACGGCGUCUUCGCCCUCGAGCCCUUCUUCGAGGCCGCGUCCGAGGCGGGCCUGUACGUCAUCGCGCGACCGGGCCCUUACAUUAACGCUGAGGUCUCGGGCGGCGGCUUCCCGGGCUGGCUCACCAGGAUCAACGGGACGCUCCGGACCAAGGACAGGGCCUACCUCGAGGCUAGUGAUAUCUACAUGGCCAACAUCUGCAAGGCAAUCGCCAAGGCGCAGAUCACCAACGGCGGGCCUGUCAUCCUCUUCCAGCCCGAGAACGAGUACUCCAGCACCACGGGCAGGACCAAGCCGUUCCCCGACGGCGAUUACGUGCAGUACAUCAUCGACCAAGCCAGAGCCGCCGGUGUCGUUGUCCCAAUGAUCAACAACGACGUUGGAGCUUACGGAAACUUGAAGCCCAACAACGGACCUGGCUCGCCGGAUAUUUAUGGCCACGAUGCCUACUUCUGGGGACCAGAUGAUUGCGAACGGCCAGACGCCUGGCGCAAUGCCGACUUUAGCUGGGGAGCCAAGCACAAGGACAUAAGCCCAAAGACCCCACAUUCGCUCGUCGAGUUCCAGGGCGGGUCGUGGAUGUCUUGGGGAGGGCCGGGGUACGACAAGUGCGCGCACCUGAUGGGUCCGGAGUUUAUGAGCAUCUUCUACAAGACGACCUUUGGCAUGGGCGUCAAGCUGCUGGGGUCGUACAUGACGGUCGGCGGCGCCAACUGGGGCAACCUUGGCAACGACGGCGGCAUCAGCUCCUACGACUACGGCGCCAGCGUGCGCGAGGACAGGCGCGUCGACCGCGCAAAGUACUCGGAGAUCAAGCUCGUCGCCAACUUCGUCCGCGCCUCCGAGGCGGCCCUGGCCCUGGCGGUGCCCGACAACGCGACGGCCUCGGUCGCCGUCGGCCCUGGCGGCCAGCCGCUCGAGGUGAGCCGCUUGUCGGUUCCCGGGCCGACGGCCGAGAACCAGGCCCGGACGCAGUUCCUGGUGGUGCGGCACCGCGACAUCACGGUGGCGACGAGCACGCCCUACACGCUCAGCGUGCGCAGCAGCCGCGGGCCCGGCGACGUCUCGAUCCCGCGGCAGGGCGGCAGCCUGACGCUGCAGGGGCGCGACGCAAAGGUGCACGUGGUCGACUACGACGCGGGCGGCGUCGAGGUCGUCUACUGCACGGCCGACAUCUUCACGUGGAAGCGCAUGCCCGACGGCCGCGUGCUGCUGAUCGUGUACGGCGGCGUGGGCGAGCGUCACGAGAUUGGCGUCGCAGAGGCGAGCGUGGCCGGGGGCGGGAACAAGGGCGACACGACGCCGCCGUCCUCGGGGAACACGCUGAUCCGCGAUGGCAUCAUCUCGUUCAGCUGGGAGGUGACGGAGGCUGAGAAGAGGGAGAUGAUCAGGCUUGGGUCGUUGGAUGUCAUGCUGCUCGACAGGGCUCAAGCACGGGCUUUCUGGGUGGUCGACGUCGCCAACCACCCGAACGCGACGGCCAAGAAGGCACCCACAGACGGCGCCCUCGUCGUCAAGGGCGGGUACCUGAUCCGCUCCGCCUCGCUGGACGGCUCGGUGCUGCGCGUCCAGGGCGACUUUGACCGAACGGCCACGCUCGAGUUCAUGGGCGUUCCGCCGCAGGCGACGGCGCUGUCGGUGAACGGCAACAGCACAAACUUCAGCGUGGACGCCACCACGGGCUUCUGGAAGACCACGGUCCUGCACUGGAAGCCCGAACUCAAGCUGCCCGACCUCAACUCGCCGGGCCAGGACUGGCGCUACGUCGACUCGCUGCCCGAGAUCCGGCCCGGGUACGACGACGCCAGGUGGCCGCGGGCCAACCGCACGACCACGCCCAACAUCGCGUACCCCAACCUCGCGACGCCCGUGUCGCUGUACGCGGCCGACUACGGCUUCCACAGCGGCUUCCUCGUCUACCGCGGCAGCUUCGUCGCCACGGGCGCCGAGACGGCCGUCGCGCUGCAGACGCAGGGCGGCGUAGCCUUUGGGUCAGCCGUCUGGCUCGACGACAAGCUGUUGGGCGCGUGGCCGGGCGAGAACAACGUGCAGAUCCGGGAGGCGACGUUUGACCUCGCGGGGCCGCCGGCUCCGGGCCGCCACACCCUCACGGUGCUGAUCGACAACCACGGCCACGAGCUGAACCUCGUGUCGGACGGCGACGUCAUGAAGAAGCCGCGCGGCGUCAUGAGCUACAGCUUCACAUCCUCCCAGCCCCAGCCGGCCGUCGAGUGGGCGCUGACGGGCAACCUCGGCGGCGAGAACUACCUCGACCUGGCGCGCGGCCCGCUCAACGAGGGCGGGCUGUGGGCCGAGCGGCACGGCUACCACCUGCCGGGCGCCCCCGGCGCGUCGUGGGCGGCGCGGCACCCGGUCGCGGACGGCAUCCCGUCGGCCGGGGUGGGCUUCUUCGCGACGCGGUUCGCGCUCGACAUGCCGCGCGGCUUCGACGUGCCGCUGUACGUCGUCCUCGCCAACUCGUCGGGCAGCGGCACGGGCGGCCGCGGGGACGUGGCUGGCGGCAACUACUACCGCGUCCAGGUCUUUGUCAACGGCUGGCAGUUUGGCCGCUACGUCAGCCACCUGGGCCCGCAGGAUGCCUUCCACGUGCCCGAGGGGAUACUGGACUACCACGGCGAGAACUGGCUGGCCAUCAGUCUGUGGGGGUCGCAGCCUGGCGGUGCGAAGUUGGCGGGGAUCGCGCUGACGACGGCGCCGGGGACGGCGGGGCCGAGCGUCAUCAUGUCGGGGUACAAGAAUGUCACGCUGGUCGAGGCGCCGGCGUGGACUGAGCGGGCGGGGGCGUAUUGA